AUGUCGUUUCGAGGCGCCCCUCGGGGCCGCGGUGGUGGUGGUUUUGGUGGUAGUCGUGGAGGGCGCGGCAGCUUCCAGCAGCGUGAUAUGGGGCCACCGGCCACCGUCCUCGAGAUGGGCAAGUUCAUCCACGCCUGCGAAGGCGAGAUGGUUAUCGAGUCAACCAACCCUAAAGUGCCCCAUUUCAACGCGCCAAUCUAUCUCGAGAACAAGACCGCAGUCGGCAAAGUCGACGAAGUGCUCGGUCCUAUAAACCAAGUGUACUUCACCAUCAAGCCUUCCGAGGGCAUCCAAGCGACUUCGUUCAAGUACGGCGACAAGUUCUUCAUCGCUGGCGAGAAACUCCUCCCCCUCGAGCGCUUCCUUCCCAAGCCUAAGCCGCCCCCGGGCACCGUCAGCAAGGUCAAGAAGCCAAGUCGCGGCGGCGCGGGUGGUGGUCGUGGGCGCGGUGGCCCUGGCGGAGGUCUCUCGCGUGGUGGUGGUCGCGGAGGCGGCCGGGGCGGGUUUGGCGGGGGAAGGGGUGGUGGUGGCUUCGGUGGUGGUGGUUUUGGUGGUGGUCGCGGGGGUGCGCCGCGGGGUGGUCGGGGCGGAGGUGGUUUCUCUCGGGGCGGUGGUCGCGGUGGUGGUGGUCGGGGCCGGUUCUAA